AUUUAUAAAGCGCCCCGGUGCGCGGAGAGGCACAAGCAUGCCUCGUCUCUAGAGAGGCAGAGCGCGUCGCUGUGACUUGGAGUCCUUUAUUUUGGAUGAGAGACUUGUGCAGCCGCUGCUGAGGAAGCGCAGGAGUUUUAUCCCAAAGUUCACUGCAGCAGGUCGUUGUGACAGCGACCUUGUUCUCAGGGAAACAUCCCUGGGGACGCACAAACACUCACACGCUACCACACAGUAACAAUCACACACAGGCACCAUGCAGGAGUCAGAGCCGACGGUGUGCCAGCUGCAGCCCAACAUCAUCUCUGUGCGUCUUUUCAAGAGGAAGGUUGGCGGCCUGGGAUUCCUGGUGAAGCAGAGAGUGUCCAAGCCGCCUGUCAUUGUGUCUGACCUCAUCCGCGGGGGUGCAGCAGAGGAGUGCGGCCUUGUGCAGGUGGGCGACAUUGUCUUGGCGGUCAAUAACAAGCCCCUGGUGGACCUGUCUUACGAGCGGGCCCUGGAGACACUGAAGAAUGUGUCACCUGAGAGCCACGCCGUGCUGAUCCUUCGAGGCCCUGAGGGCUUUACCACCCACCUGGAGACCACCCUGUCUGGAGAUGGCCGCCAACGCACAGUGAGGGUCACACGGCCUGCCUUCCCGCCCUCAAAGUCCUACGAGCACUGCUCCCCUCUGAGCCCAUUCAGCCCCGGGCAGCAGCAGCAGGUCAACAAGGAGCCCCAGCUCCGAGCCAUCGAGAACCUGUCCUCUCCAUCCAUCACCCAGUCCCUCCUGCAGAGAGGAGGCGUGCAGACUCAGGACCCCCUGCUGAUGAGAGACGGGGGUCGUGGAGCCCUUCUGUGCAACGGACUCGAGGAGAACAACGAGCUGCUGAAGGAGAUCGAACCAGUGCUGCGCCUCAUCAAAAACAGCAAAAAGGAGAUCAAUGGAGAAGGCCAGAGGAAUGCAGGGAGGAGAGACGCCCAGAUUCAAGUGGCCUGGGACCUUGGCGUGGGAAAUGGCACGACUCCACAGCUGGCGUCAGAUAACAACAGAAUGCUGGAAAACAUGCCGGUGGUGCUCAACAACGCUGACACUGACAAGCCUCCAGCGCAAGGCAGGACCUCCCCCAGUAAGACAUUGCAGAAUGGCAGCCCGUCCAAAUGCCCCCGCUUCAUAAAGAUCAAAAACUGGGAGACAGGCACCGUCUACAGCGACACACUCCACCACGGCUGCAGCAAGUUGCCAAUCUGCUCUGAGAAUGUCUGCAUGGGCUCUGUGAUGGUGCCCAACCAACACACCCGCAAGCCAGAUGAGGUCAGAACCAAAGAUGAGCUCCUUCCACUGGCAACUGACUUCAUAGACCAGUACUACACCUCCAUCAGAAGGAAUGGCUCCAAGGCCCACGUGGACAGGCUGGAGGAGGUGACCAAGGAGAUUGAAGCUUCAGGAACUUACCAACUGAAAGACACCGAGCUGAUUUAUGGAGCCAAGCAUGCGUGGAGAAAUGCUGCCAGAUGUGUAGGAAGGAUCCAGUGGUCCAAACUACAGGUUUUUGAUGCCAGAGACUGCUCAACAGCUCAUGGAAUGUACAACUACAUCUGUAAUCACAUCAAGUAUGCUACCAACAAAGGCAACCUGAGGUCAGCCAUCACCAUAUUUCCACAGAGGACGGAUGGCAAACAUGACUAUCGAGUGUGGAACAGUCAGCUGAUCCGUUAUGCUGGCUACAAACAGCCUGACGGACAGAUCUGGGGUGACCCUGCCAAUGUAGAGUUUACCGAGAUCUGCAUGCAGCUGGGAUGGAAAGCUCCAAAGGGUCGUUUUGAUGUCCUCCCGCUCCUGCUACAAGCCAACGGGAAUGACCCUGAGCUGUUUGAGAUCCCCGAAGACCUCAUCCUGGAGGUGCCGAUCACACACCCAAAGUACGAGUGGUUCAAGGACCUGAACCUGAAGUGGUACGGCCUACCGGCGGUGGCCAACAUGCUGCUGGAGAUCGGCGGCCUGGAGUUCACCUGCUGCCCCUUCAGCGGCUGGUACAUGGGCACUGAGAUUGGCGUGAGGGAUUUCUGCGACAGCUCACGUUACAACAUUCUGGAGGAGGUUGCAAACAGGAUGGCCUUAGACACCAGGAAGACUUCCUCCCUCUGGAAAGACCAAGCACUAGUGGAGGUCAACAUCGCUGUUCUCUUCAGCUUCCAGACUUGCAAAGUGACCAUAGUAGACCACCACUCAGCCACAGAGUCCUUCAUGAAGCACAUGGAGAACGAGUACAGGGUGCGAGGAGGCUGUCCUGGGGACUGGGUGUGGAUUGUGCCUCCCAUGUCAGGAAGCAUUACACCGGUGUUCCACCAAGAAAUGCUCAACUACCGCCUCACCCCCUCCUUUGAGUAUCAGCCUGACCCCUGGAAUACUCAUGUGUGGAAAGGAGUCAAUGGGACGCCCACAAAGAAGAGAGCUAUCGGAUUCAAGAAGCUUGCCAAGGCUGUGAAGUUUUCAGCCAAGCUCAUGGGCCAGGCCAUGGCCAAGAGGGUGAAGGCCACUAUCCUGUUUGCCACAGAGACGGGGAAGUCACAUGAUUAUGCCAAAACUCUCUGUGAAAUCUUCAAGCAUGCUUUUGACGCAAAGGUCACGUCAAUGGAUGAGUAUGAUGUGGUGGACCUGGAGCACGAGACGCUGGUGUUAGUGGUGACCAGCACAUUCGGUAAUGGUGACCCACCUGAAAAUGGAGAGAAAUUUGGAGCUGCCUUAAUGGAGAUGCGCCACCCAACAUCCAACACAGAGGACAGAAAGAGCUACAAGGUCCGUUUCAACAGUGUGUCCUCCUACUCUGACACUCGCAAGUCCUCCAGCGAUGAGCCAGAAGCCAAGAUCAACUUUGAGAGCACGGGACCUCUCGCUAAUGUCAGGUUUUCAGCAUUUGGCCUUGGCUCCAGGGCCUACCCACACUUCUGCGCCUUUGCCCACGCCGUGGACACGCUGUUUGAAGAGCUGGGGGGAGAGCGCAUCCUACGCAUGGGAGAAGGAGAUGAGCUGUGUGGCCAGGAGGAGUCAUUCAGAACCUGGGCCAAGAAGGUUUUUAAGGCUGCCUGCGACGUGUUCUGUGUCGGGGACGACGUGAACAUUGAAAAAGCCCACGACUCCUUGAUCAGCAACGACCGCAGCUGGAAGAAGAGCAAGUUCCGCCUGACGUACACGGCUGAGGCUCCGGCACUCACAGAGGCAUUACACAGUGUUCACAAGAAGAAGGUCUAUGGAGCGAAGAUGCUAGAAUCCCAAAACCUACAAACUCCCAAAUCCAAUCGCUCCACCAUAUUUGUGCGGCUCCACACAAACAACCACGACAGACUGAGCUACCAUCCCGGCGACCAUCUGGGCAUUUUCCCUGGCAACCACGAGGACCUGGUGACGGCUCUCAUAGAUAAACUGGAGGACGCUCCACCUGUCAAUCAAAUAGUCAAAGUGGAGUUCCUGGAGGAGAGGAACACUGCCCUAGGUGUAAUCAGUAACUGGACAAAUGAGACACGUAUCCCUCCAUGCACCAUCUACCAAGCCUUCCAGUACUUCCUGGACAUCACCACCCCACCCAGCCCUGUGCUCCUGCAGCAGCUUGCUGCUCUGGCAACCAAUGACAAACAGAAGAAGAAACUAGAGAUCCUUAGUAAGGGCUUGCAGGAGUACGAGGAGUGGAAGUGGUACAACAAUCCAACACUGGUGGAGGUGAUGGAGGAGUUCCCCUCCAUCCAGAUGCCCUCCACUCUGCUGCUCACCCAGCUGCCCCUGCUGCAGCCUCGCUACUACUCCAUCAGCUCCUCUCCAGACACGUACCCAGGAGAGAUCCACCUCACCGUUGCUGUGGUCUCUUACCGAGCCAGAGAUGGAGUAGGACCCAUCCACCAUGGAGUGUGUUCAUCAUGGCUCAACAGGAUAGAGAAGGGAGAGAUGGUGCCGUGUUUCGUCCGAAGUGCACCGUCAUUCCAACUUCCCAAAGACAACCAAGCACCGUGUAUCCUGGUGGGUCCAGGAACAGGAAUCGCCCCCUUCAGAAGCUUCUGGCAACAGAGGCUAUAUGACCUUGAACACAAUGGAAUGGAGUUGUGCCCCAUGAUCCUGGUGUUUGGCUGUCGGCAGUCUGAGAUGGAUCACAUCUACAAGGAGGAGACCAUCCAGGCCAAGAACAAGGAGGUGUUCAAGGAGCUGUACACGGCCUACUCCAGAGAACCCGGCAAACCAAAGAAAUAUGUACAGGAUGUUCUGCGCGAGCAGCUGUCAGAGACGGUGUACCAGUGCCUGAGGGAGGAGGGGGGACACAUCUACGUGUGCGGGGAUGUUACAAUGGCCGGAGAUGUUCUCAAGACCGUGCAGCAAAUCAUCAAACAGCAGGGCAACAUGACCCUGGAGGAUGCUGGUUUCUUCAUCAGCAAGCUGCGGGAUGAGAACCGCUACCACGAGGACAUCUUUGGUGUCACCCUGCGCACCUACGAGGUCACCAACCGGCUUCGUUCAGAGUCCAUCGCCUACAUCGAGGAGAGCAAAAAGGACUCGGAUGAGGUUUUCUGUUCGUAAGUCUAAGAAUCGAGGGCUUUCUGAUGAGAACCAGUCUGGAAGACGGCAGCGAUGCUGGUUAAAGAAUACUGUGCCAAUUUUUGUACUGUAAAAAAAAAAAAUGGGUUUCUUUCUUUUGUUUUGUUUUGAUACCAAUUUAAUGUUUCUGUUGGGCUCUGCGAUUUUGUCUGUAGCAAGUUGGAAAUGUUCUGUUCUCAGAGACUCUGUUCUUUGCUUGUUGAUGAUACUUCCAAAAAUGAUAAAUUGAUCAUUUUGAUUCAUAAUGUGUGCACCUAGUGUAAUGACCUGCCUCAUUGUGAAUGCAUGACCAAGACAAGAAUAUACUCGAGAAAUAUAAUGUACUCUGUGUUAUUGUUACAGUUAAAAGGCUUUUAUUGGGGUUUUAUAUUUACAAGGAAACGUGUGGCGUUGAUAACAAACUCACAGAUAUUUCAGAGGUAUUGAUUAAGUCGAGUUCAUGUUUGGAGAAAGAAUCAGGGCUGUUUUUUUAUUUAUUUAUUUAUUAAAGGCUGUUGUUUCAGGAAAAGCUCAAAAGGGGGGUUGAUUUGACGGAUGUACAGGCAUGCAGAUAAAAAAAACGUUUCUUUUUUUGUACACAAUUUGGCGUGUUGACAGCUCACCCUGGGUUAUGAAAACAGCGAUUCUGUCACAGUCUCAACAAACACGUUAUCUAGCUCUGCAUUGGCAAAUCAUCAGAAUGCAUCAGCCGCUAUGCCAGCGCUGUUUUUAGUGGCCUCUCCAUUCUCUCAUAACAUCGUAACGUUUGUCCCAGCUGGUGCCACUCAACCUACAGCAGCUGCAUGGGAACAUGCAGGGCAGCCAUUAGCCAGUCUGUACAUACUGAAAUAUUCUCUAAUUAGAAACUCAUAACACUUCUUUAAACUGUGUAUACAUAUAUAUUCAUGAGAAAGGGUACAAAUUUCAUGAUUUUUGAUGAUUAACCAUUAUUAAAUCAAGAACUUAUUGACAUUUUGACAUUAAGCUCAUCCUUUCAGAGCUACAUGAGAACAUUGAUACCACAAUCAUGUCUGCAUGGGAGGUAUGAGCAAUGUUUAUACUCACAGUUAGCAAGAAUUUAGAGUCCAGCCCUGUGUUAAUGGGCUUGAACCGGUGGAUGCGUUUUGUUUCAGGAGUUGGCAUGACCUGCAGUACAACCCAGGACAAGUAGUUUGAGAAACGAAUCUGACAUUCCUCUCUUACAUUGCAUUUCUUUCUGCAUGCUCAUCAUGCUAAUCAACCACUACGAAAGCUAGUUAGGCAAUGAAGGGACUUGUAACAUCACUUCAGUUGUCAGAAUGUGGGGCUAGCUGUCUUCUCUGUUUCCAGUAUUUGAAGAUGUGUUGAUUCAUCAAAUUCUGGAUGUCUACUUUACUGCUAAGGCUAAUUAGUGAGUUAGCAUAAAAACAGGAAUGGGGAAAUAUAGCAUCUAGCAACCAGCACUAUUGACUGUAAAGAAUGGAGGGCAGUUCUCCAUCUCUCCCAGUUUUUGAACGGGGGAGUCACACUGCUGAAAGCCUCACCACCAGGGCCGUAUCCGGCACGCUUGGUCUGAGCAGUAGGGUGGAGCUGGGGUUGUGACUUCCUAGGAACGCAAAAUCCCCAACCUGGCAUUGACUUGAGUCGGUUUGAAACCAACCGUCACAGUCAUAAAAGAUCGGUGACUCAUGUUGUUUUAGUCACGUCUCCUCUUACUGUCUCUCCUCUGCUCUGCUAACACAAAGCUGCCACAGCAGCAACAAAUGUCAACCAAGUGUUUAAUCAUGGCUUUAAAUAACUGAUUUAAGCUAAACGUCUAAUAAAAAUGAACACUUGGACAUAAAUCAGCAUGAUAAGAACUAACUAUUAAGAUGAAAAAAAUAUUUGAGAAAAAAAUAAUUGGACCUGUAUUUUGAAUUUAAAGUUUGACCCAUGUCUCAUGUGUUAACAUGGAGGAGGCGGGCCAAAUAAGCAGUUUUGGAGGUUUUAUUGGUUCUGGUAUACAGCUUGUUUCUUAAGGAUGAUUUAUACUUCUGCGUCGCCCCUACGCAGCAGGGCUGACGCGGACAUGAGCACCACAUCGUUGUGUGUCGAUGUGUCCGUGUCGUGCAGCAAUUCUCAGCUGAAACGCUUGAGGGCAGUGUGGUCUCUCUGAUAGCCGGUCACCUGCUUCUGGCCCCGGCUACGAUCUCUGUUUACUUUUCCACAGCGAUUCAGAGCGUGUUAUGUUAAUCUACAGCUGAUACAUGUUGCUGUUUAUCAUACAGACAUGAUUACAUGAAGAAUAGAGAGGAGGAGAUGAACUACACAGCCGAUGUGCGACCGAUGAGCGGGAUCCUGGAAGUGUUGUAAAUGCGGGAAACACAAUGCCGCCGAGUCGACCAAUCACAGGGCUUGCGGUCCGCGUCGAUUCUAAGUGUAGUUACAUUUUGGAGGAGGUGCACAUCAGCUACGUGCGUAGGCCUCUGCAUAGGUACAGGAGCUACGCUGACCCCCGGCGUAGGCCGUUGAUUCUACGCAGAAGUAUAAAUCAGCCGUGUUGCAUUUGGAUGUAGAGUCCAUUUCCAUUGGCAAAUCUAGCCACUUCAUUGCUUCCUGUUUUAAUGCUAAGCUAGGCUAACCAGCUCCUGUUUGAAAGGUCCUGUGUACAAACAUGAUUGUGGCAUCAAUGUAUUCAUCUUACUUUCAGCAAGAAAGCUAAUGAGUGUAGUUUUUAUUUAUUUUCAAAAAGAUCAAGCUAGUCCUCAAAAAUGAUACACAUUGAAAUACUUAAUUGAGCUUUUAGCGUUAGCAUUAGCAGCAUCAGCAUCACAACUCCUCUGCCUCUUGCCUUAGCUUAACUCUCUGCCUCUGCCUGCACACAGCACAUUCAUAUUCUUUUACGUCUCUCUGCAUGAUUAUGCACAACCCUGCAGCUCAUGCGCCACCCUUUCACUGUGACCUGACACCUGCUCAGUAGCAUCAGCAUGCAUGAUGAGUGUGCGCGUUUGUGUGUCAUAAGUGUCUGCAUGUCUAUAAGAGUGGGUGUAAAACAUGCAUGUGCUCAGGUGUAUGUUUUUACAUGAUUUUUCUGCUUAUCGUCCGUCACCUUAUCUAACUGGUCAGAUUUUAAAAUAGCAUGUUGCUCUAUGAGUCACACAAGCCUGCAACUUUAAUCUUACAGAUGUAAUUUUGGUGACGGGAAAAACUGCCCACAUGGCUUUAAUUUUGAUCUCUGCAGUUCAGUUUUAUCGUUGAAGUUUUUCAUUCAGGUAUUAAAGGCGAUCACACUGCCGCUGUGGUCAUUCGCUGCUUUCCAAUGAGUCAGGGUUGUAAUUUGAAUUUAUAGUGCAGGGGCCAUGUUGUUUAUUGAUCUCACUCUGCAGUAACUUGAUGCUUUUCUUGUCAGCUUCUGAGUCUUGUUUGUUCCCUCUCUUUGUCUCUUUCAAAUUAAAAAUAGCUGUCAGCAUGAUUAAAAAAAAAAAGAGAUUUCAAUGUGAUUUUCAAACUUCCCUAAAAGCUGCCGAAAAUUAUCUUUGUUUUUUGUUUCAUAUUCUCUCUGUGUCGACUAUUUUUACUGCCGGGAUGAAAUGGGUAACUCUCAUUGUCUCCACUGUUGUUCAUUCUAUAUGAAUGUCUCCUCUGUAUCAUUAUUUUAAAGCAGAUUUAGUUUAAUUGGAAUGAGAGCCGUCAAGAAAAUGUCUGUGAUGUAAAAUGUGCAACAAAAACAAUUCGUACAAGACAUAGCUUCUAUAUAUAGCUUCUAUAUAUAAAUAUAAAUAUAUAUAUUCAAAGAAAAAGUAUGAAAUAUAAAGAGUACCACUCGGAUCUUUUCUAAGAAUGUAUUUUGAUUAUGUAAAUGAGCACUAUGACUCUGCUUGAUUUAAAAAGAACAAAAAAAGGCAUAUUCUAUGGUGUCUCUCAUAUCCUUUGGGUAUGGGUAUGAAGCAGCAGCAGUAAAUAAAUGCAUGGUGAUCUUCUGUCUCCUGUUCAUAUUUAAAAAGCUCUGUCUAUUUACCAGCACUGUGUCUCUCAGUCAGACUGUAUUUGUGAGGUUUUUUUUUGGCCUUUCUCACAGCGCUCAGAACGGUUAAAACAUUCAUGAGGGGUUUCUUUUUUGUGUGUUUGCAUAUCGCUGCUGCUACAAACAACUCUGAUCCAAUCAGCCUCUGCUAUAAUGACCUUUGUUGUGUUAUUGAUUGAGGAUUUAAUGCAUCAACUGCAAGGACAUUGCAUUUACUUACAAAUAAAGAGAAACAUUUACAGAAUAUGUCAACACA